AUGAACAACAACAGUAAUUGUUCGAUAUUUCCAAUUUAUCGACAAUGUGCCCGUUGGUUAAGCGAAUGUAACGUCUUGCCCGAAGCAUUGACAAUCUUAAACUCACCGUCAGCAACCAUUGACGAUUUGGCAAAUGAAUUAUCGAAUGGAAUUGUUUUAUGUAAUCUAUUGAAUUUUCUUCAACCUGGGUGUAUUCAACACACCGAUGUAUCAUUUCGUCCACAACGGAGUCGAUUUUUAUGUUUGCAAAACAUCCGAUUAUUUUUGGAAACAUGUCGUAAACAAUUCAAUUUCCGUGAUCGUGACCUGUUUGAUCCAUAUAUGUUAUUUGAUAAAUAUGAUUUAAAUAAAGUUAUUGAAACAUUGUCAAAAUUGUCUAAUACGGAUGCUGCAAAACGAAAAAAAGUGACUCCAUUUCCCGUUACUGGACCCUUUAAUUAUGUUAAUAUUCCAAAAGAAGAUUCCUCGAACGAUGCUGUGCCACUUCAAAUACUAGCUGUUAUUUCAUCAUCAAACAAUGUUGCACAUCAAGAACAAUUAUUAUGUCAGUCGUGUCAAAAUUCACAUACGAUAACACAAUCAAAUUUUACGUCUUCCAUUGAUACUGUUAUAUCUUCAUUGUCAAAUUCAAAUUCAAUAUUAUCUAUAUCCGAUGGUCAAUUAUCAUCGCCAGUUGUUGCAUGUGCCGCUUCUACUUUAGCUUCGGCCAGAAUAUGUUGUUUACCUUCUCAUCGUCUUUCAACAUCCUCAUUACCGUAUACAAUAACAAAUGAUUGUGGAGUGUAUGGAUCGCAUGUCAGCAUUCAAGAAGAUGUUUAUGAAGCCUUAUGCGUACAGCCGAAACGAUCAAUCAGUAUUACGUCUAGUCAGGAUAAUCAUAGAGCAUUUUUGCCACGCGAUCAUGCUGUCAAGGAGCUAUUGGAUACCGAAGCCAACUAUCGUGAUUCAUUGAAUGCAAUUGUAACUAAUUUUAUCCAGCCAUUGAAUUUAUCACUAGAUGAAAAGAAAAAAAUCUUUCUUAAUAUUGAAGAUAUUUAUAAACUUCAUUCGGAAUUUUAUGAAGAUUUAAAAAAAUCUGGCCGUAAUGAAAAAGGACGAACAUCGAGAAUUGUUGAUUUAUUCACGAUGUGGCAAGAUCGUUUUUUAAUCUAUGCAAAAUAUUGUUCAGAAUUGCCCGAUGCACAAGAAUUUCUAGAUCGAAAAAUAAAAACAGAAUCACAAUUUGUACAAAAAUUAGAACAAUGUCGACAAAAAUCGGGUGACUUAGGAAAAUUUCAACUACGUGAUACGGUUGUUUUACCUUUUCAACGUAUUGUAAAAUAUUCUUUGCUUUUACACACCAUGAAAAAGAAUGUGCCAUUAACUGAUCCCAGUUGUGAAAUGAAACGACAGUUAUUAGAAAAAGCAGAAAAUCUAAUGACGGAUGUCAACCAAUUUAUAAAUGAAGCAAAACGUGCACAUGACAAUUUGAAAGUAAUCGCUAAUAUUGAAAAGACAAUAUGUGAUAUUCAACUUCCAUCAGAAAGGCGUUUGAGAAACUAUGGUCGUUUUAUUUCUGAUGAACAGUUUCAAGUGUACGAUAAUGGUCAUCGAUGUGGUACAAGAACUAUUUUUCUAUUCGAUCGUGUGUUAUUAAUUUGUAAAGUUAAAGUAUGUAAAACAGUAUUUGACUUCUUUUGUAUUUCAAUUCAAAGUACUCAAUGCAUCUGUGACUACUUUUCGCUCUGUCAUUUCAUUUCCAAAAAGUGACAACGAUGAAGACCCUCUAUAUCAACAAUAUUCUGCACCAAGAAACUUUCAUUCGUCAUAUAUCUCAUGGUAGCCUUUCGGGCAUAUCGGUUCAUCAUAUUUAAAAAUCAGCUUUUAGUGUUUUUAAAAUAAAACAGAACUAUAAGAGAAUGAAAUGGUUUAUCCGAAAAUGUUAUCAGAUGUUCCAGUAUUUCACGGUGCACUUAAGCCAUUAAACAUCACAUUUAAAAUUAUUCAUGAUAAAGUACUUAGGGCUAUCCAAAAGUAGUGAGGGAGGUACUAUUUUUUCUUAUAGAAAGCUUGAAAAAUGUUUCUUUUUUUAUGAACAGAUAGAGCGUCUUUCGCUCUAUUUUUCUAUGCUAUUUGAUCACU